GCCCUUUCAUAUGUAAAUGCAGGCUUGAGCAGUUGUUAAUCAAUAAUUAUUAUUGGUCCUAGAUUUCUCCCUUCUCACACUCUUCACGCAUGCGCUAAUCAACCGCUUAGCCGCAAAAUCAGAGAGAAUAGGAGAUAAAACAUGGCAAUGCGAGAACUUGGGUUGAGAUUCACAAUUUUCUCUAUCUUCCAUUUAGGUGAAAGAGUUCGUCUUUUGUGUUACAUGGCAGAAAUAGAUAGAUAUUUUCUCGCCUAAGCUCAUGAAAAUAAUUAAUCAUCGUUCUGUUGUCGUUUUACAAUUCUCUCCUAUUCUACAUGGUUCGAAGUUCUGUUGGAGAUUGCGGCAACACUUUGAUAGUCGGAGAGAGAGAGGGGAAGAGAAAGGAAGCGCGUGGCGCCUGGUACUUAAGAAGACUGCCACUGGUGGUGGAGUGGAUUUAUCGUGAGAGCUUCCUUACCUGUAGGACACUCCAACGGGGGCCCUCACAAAGAUUUAGCUUUGACUAUUGAAAGAGAGGAACUCGGUCCACUCAUUCAUUCAUCGACUCACUUGAAGCUACGAGUACUUGAUAAGCGCUCUCCAUACCAGAUAGAGAGAGUCCUUUUCUUUUUUUCUCCCAUGGUGGGAGCUCCAGUAUCAAACCUCUUCCAGUGCCGUUGAUGCCUGGUUUAUCUUCUUCCAAGAAAUGUCAUAUAGCCCUAAACAUACCACUUCGUUCUCUGUCACCGAUAUCUUAACACCCCUUGAAGAGAGUUUCAGACGGUCUAUGUUAGAUAGUCCAGGAUCCGCCUUUCCAUCGGUCUUCUCAGCCUCACCGAGCAUGCAAUCGGCUUACCGUUCCCCUCAACAUUCGGCUCAUCAAGGCAUGCAAGUCUCGCCGAUGAACAUGGCUUCGGCCAACAACCCAUACGCCCACAUGCACGUCCCUCAGCUGUCUCAUAACUAUUGCAACGGAUCGGUCGGGGAACUUACCCCGCAUUACAGCGAUCAUCGCCCGUCAGCGGCGAGCUGGUACCACGGCGCCAGCUCCGACCCACGUUUUACAAUUUCCCGUUUGAUGAACCACUCAUCCACAAUGAACAUGAAUAUGAAUAUGAACAUGAAUAUGAACAUGAAUAUGAACAUGUCCACACUAUCCGCAGUUGGCAGCGGGGAUCUGGGCAAGCCGCUACUACCGUCCCAUCGCCGAAAGCGCCGGGUGCUGUUCUCCCAAGCCCAGGUGUACGAGCUGGAGAGGCGUUUCAAGCAACAGAAGUACCUAUCGGCACCGGAGAGGGAACACCUUGCUAACCUCAUCAACCUGACUCCAACCCAAGUCAAGAUCUGGUUCCAAAAUCACCGCUACAAGAUGAAGAGGCAGGCCAAAGAGAAGAACAUGCAGGAUAGCAACACCAUUUGUCAUCAGUCUCCUCGACGGGUGGCGGUUCCAGUGCUCGUCAAAGACGGUAAGCCUUGUAAUGGAAGUGGUGGAGGAGUGGGUGCAGGGGGAGAUUUAACCGAUGAUGAUGAGCGCAGUCUAAGUGAACAUGUGGAGGGGGUUAACGACCAGGGCGUGGUCGGUGGUCCCCAACAACCACAGCCGCAGCACCAGCAAGCCAACGCCACGCAAUCCAUGACAUCGCAGCAAGCCGCUGCAAACCACCACGUUAGCAUGAAAGCGAGUCCCGUGGAACCGAGCUCGUGCGGGAUACCCAUCAGCAUCCCAUCCAGCGAUUCAGGCAUCGGGCUUAGUCCUGUUUCCGUCCAUGCGCAUCAUCAACACCCUCAAAGCCAAGCUUCGUUGCAUCAUCAGGCAAGUGCGAUGCACAGUCUUUAUAGCCCCAGUGCAGGGGCCACUGGUAUGACCCAUAAUGGUGCUGUCAAUAACAUGUCGGCAACGGCCCCUUUUCUCCUUCACGGUAGAACGUGGUAAAACAUUUUAGGGACAAAGGUAUAUUCAUGAGGACAGAAAUAAUGUGAACUGAACAUAGAAAUCCGACCCAAAUUAUUUUUCCUCAUGCAAAUGAUCUCAAAGUAGAUAUGCACUGCAGAUGUGAACACUCACAGAACAACUAGUAAUUAAAAUCAUGUAGAUUAUCAAUCAAUGGAUGUUAAUGACAAUUUUUAAAGAAUGAACGUGAUCUCGGGUGAUGCAAGCUAAAUUGGAUUGAUUUAAUUAUUUGUUUUGUUUACAAAUGGAGAUAUCACUGUCAAUAGUUUUCACCACAAAGUGAUUUAAACAUAUAUUUAGUUUUCAGUCAUGUUAAGUAACUGACCAACUUAAGUAACAUAUUGUACAAUACACUCUAAAAAAGAUUGGGUAAAAAUUUACCAAAUAUUUGGAUAAAAUGAAACGUGCAUGGUUUGUUGUGCAUAUUUUGUCCGAUAAGAGGCAACUGCUUUUUUAGCAGGUAAAUUUCAAUGCAACCCUGGCUAAAAUUUACUCAGUAUUUGGUAUCAUUUUACCCAACAAACAUGCAUGUUAUAAUUUUACCCAAUAUUGGGUAAGAUGUUUAGAGGUAGAUUAAUUUCAUGAGCGGCAAAGUGUUGUCAUGCGAUAAAUCAGGAGUUCAAAAAGGAGUUGAAAAUAUUUGUCGUUUUGGGUUAACGGGUUAAAUGGUUGCACAUGAAUGAGUGAUGUACUACAAGUUUUCAUUCCAAUAUCAAGAUUUGAUCCUUUCCUUUUCAAAUAAAAUAAAAUUAGUUUUAUGAUUCAAUUUAGAAAAUUUAGUCAUUUGGAUACUUUCAAAAUUUCUUUGUCAAUGCUAUACUAUGAUUUUUUUUUAUAUUUUUAGUUGGGAAAAUUAAAUAAUGAUUAUUUUCUUUAUUAAUAUCACAAGUUGCAGUUAUAAAUAAAUAGUUAAGUGACAUGAGAUUAUUAUAUGGGAAUACGGUUCCAGAGUGUAUCUGUAAAUAGAUUUUGGUGUAUUAAAAGGAAAGUAAGAUUAUGGGUUCAUUUUCUUUUAAUAAUUAUAUUGUCAGGGAUAGUUUCGCAUUUAACGACAACCUAUACUCCUCAUGGACGACUCACACAUUGCGCCAAGGACAAUUUUGUUGUAAAUGAUAUAUAUUUCUCAUUUUUUAUUGUCACUUUUCAUGUUAAAUGUACAGAAAAGGUAUCAAAAAGUGUUGAUAAUAUUGAUUUUGUCUGUUAUAUUGUGUAAAGAUCUCAGUCCUGGUGAUUGAUAUGUCAUUUAACAAAUGUAAUUUAUGAUUUAUAUAUUAUUUUCAUUGUGCUUUUCAUGCUGAAGGAAAAGUAUUUGAUUUUACUUUCUUGUGUUACGAUGAUCGUUAUUGCAUGAAUGUUAGUUCUGAACACAUUUUUUUGAUUGUUUAUGUGAAUCUGAAUAAUGCAUGUUUUUCCAGGUCAGACAGUGUCUAAAUAUGAAUUAUUUUUCUCCUGUGAAUAUUGUAUUUGUCAUCAAAUUUCAUAAACAAAAGUCGACGAAUUUCAAGAUUUUGAUACUGACAAAAUAUAAAAUAUUCGUCUUACAAUAAUCAACUUUAUAUUUGUUUUUAGUUCAUGUCUUUUUUUCUCUCUUUAACCAUAAACAGUAUGGCAGAUUCAGCACCCCCCCCCUCCAUAAAGAUCUCGGCUGAUGUCUUCUUGAUUGCGAUGAAAAGUGGUAUAGAGGGCAAAAUUUAUUUUUUAUAUUUUGGUUUCUUUAUCCCCUACAUUUCUUUGUUUUCCCGAUAUUAUUCUCUCUCCAAAAUGUCGGCGACAAUAUUGUAACCACAAUAAUCCUUAAGUGAAUGAUUUUGAUCAAUUAUGCGAAUUUUAGCUUCAAAUUUAAUUUGUUUUGGUUAAAAUUCAAUUUUUGAGAAAUUUUCAGUCUGAUAUGCAGGUAAAUAUCAUGGAUAAUUUAAAGUCGUGCAUGUAGUCGGGUAUCGUAAAUUUGGUCUCGAAACUUGUACGAGUCUCACAAGAAAAAAGGUUUAGAAAACGUCCCGAAGAGAGCUCCCGUGUAUAAUUCAACGCUCCAUUCAGACUUUUUAGGAUUAAACAGGGGAUUAUAAUUCCAGGAACUGUUUCAAAAUCAAUCAAUCAAGUUUGUACGAAAUGAGCCUGUGAAAUUUAAUUUACGUAACACCUAAUUGUAUGGCAAAUCUCACUUCCAUAUAUCGUUUUCGCGCAAUAGUAAUUUGAUUUCGUUACCAUAGUUACCGGUUACAUCAUUUUAUCAUGAUUAUCCGAGACGGCUCUGAGUUAAAUGUGGAAUAAUAACACGAUUUUUCUUAUUCAUCUUUGAUUAGAUUGAAGCCUUGAUCGCGCAAUUAAAAUAUGAAAGCAACAGGGAAGCAUUUUUAUCGCUGGGUCAGGCAUUUUCUAACACAGCCUUAUUGGACAGUGAAUAGGCAUAAAACAUAAAAAUGAAAUGUUGUAUACGGACCAUGUUUAUCAGUAUGGUCUCAUGGACGGGUGUUUCUAAACGAAGUAACCAAAAUACAUCCUGUUCAUGGAAGAAGAAGCUUUCGUUAUUUAUGUUUCAAUGACAGAACGUCUAAUUAUGUUAGUCAUAAGAACCUGAUUUAAGAAAACAUUUAACAUUGAGCAUCCGGUAAUAUUGAAAUGAUUUGUUGGGAAACUCGUCGUUGUGGAAAUAACCUCGAUUACGAUUGUUAGAAGAAGUCAUGUAUGCAAGUAAAUGAUAAUUAAUAUUCAUUGAUGUGUAGCCACUGUAUGCACCAUAUGGAUUCCCAACCUGAUUUGAUGUCAAUUUCUUACAUAAUGACUUUAUAGUGAAUGUCUUCUUUUUUUUUUCGAUAUGUAAGUCUGUCUGGAAUCGGCCUCGUGGAUGUGACUUGAGUAUCGUAAAGAAAAUCCGAUUCGCUUUAUCAAAAUGGUUUGUUUUAGCAUUGACGGAUGGGGUACUCUUGAUAUUAUGUUUUGUCCUUUUAUUAAAUUGGAGAAUCACACCUAA